AUGGGUGCUGGUGCAAUUGCUACACAAGCUGGCAGUGACACGGGCUACCACCAUCUCAUUGACCCCAAGAAGACGUGGUACAACAAUAGGCGAAUCAUCACGCUCAAUGCAUGGCUUGUCUUGCUCCUUAUCACCUCCUCUACGAAUGGCUACGAUGGGAGUAUGAUGAACGCUCUUCAGUCAGAGAAACAGUGGAACGCUUACUUCGGCACACCCGAAGGGAGCAAGCUCGGUCUCUUCAACGCCAUCCAGAAUAUCGGUGCCUUGGCCGGCUACCCAUUUGCUCCUUAUUUGUCUGACGGAAUCGGACGUCGCGGGAGCGUUUUCUUGGGCGCCGCCAUCAUGUGCGUCGCAGUAGCUAUCCAGACUGCUGCUCAGUCCUUUGGAAUGUUCAUUGGUGCAAGAUUUUUGAUUGGUUUCGGUCUCACAUUUGCGGCCAAUGCCGCUCCCAUGCUUGUCACCGAGCUUUCGUAUCCCACCUACAGAGCUCCCAUGACUUCGUUAUACAACUCUCUCUGGUACUCUGGUUCUAUCAUCGCUGCAUGGACGACAUUCGGUACACAGCACAUCCCCAACGACUGGUCAUGGCGUGUCCCGUCCCUUCUUCAGGGCCUUCCAGCUGUCCUCCAGGUGUUCCUAGUUUUCCUCAUGCCCGAGAGCCCUCGUUGGCUCGUCAGCAAGGGUAGGGACGAACAGGCUCUUCGGACACUCGCAUACUACCAUGCAGACGGAAACGAGACUGACCCCCUGGUUGUCUACGAGUACGAAGAGAUCAAGGCUGCCAUUGACUUUGACAGAUCAGUUGUCUCCAACAUUGGUUACAAGUCGCUCUUCAUGAACCCAGGAAACAGACGUCGUUUGCGCAUUAUCGUUGCCAUCGCCUUCUUCUCCCAGUGGUCCGGUAACGGCCUCGUCUCUUACUACCUCAGCAAGGUAUUUGACACCAUCGGGAUCACCGAUCCUACCAUUCAGCUCCUAAUCAACGGCAUUCUGCAAAUCUGGAACCUGUUCUGGGCAAUGUUCGCAUCCUUCAUGGUCGAACGCAUCGGUCGUCGCAUACUCUUCCUGGCCUCGGUCGCAGGCAUGCUCCUCUUCUUCACCUUGCAAACCAUUUGCUCCGCCCUCUUCGCCCAACACGGAUCUUCCGCUGCAGCGCACUCCGUCAUCGCAUUCAUCUUCCUGUUCUACGCAUCAUAUGACCUUGCGUUCACACCAUUGAUCGUGUCAUACACCGUCGAAAUUUUGCCAUUCGCCCUCCGUGCCAAGGGUUUCAACAUCUUUAACUUUACCAUCUCUGCCGCUCUCAUCUUCAACCAGUAUGUCAACCCAAUCGCGCUCAGCGCCCUCGGCUGGAAGUACUACAUCGUGUACGUCUGCUGGCUCGCUUUCGAAGGCGUCUACUGCUACUUGUACAUCAUCGAGACGAAGGGUCUUUCCCUCGAGGAGACUGCUGCUCUCUUUGAUGGCGAGGACGCGACUACACAUAUCGCUGCGCAAGGUGCUGUGGCUCAGGGAUCACCUAUUACCGAUGAGAAGGCAUCAGCCGAUUCACUCCACGAGCACCAUCUCACGAAGGACGCAUGA